AUGGCCAACAACUCAUUACCUUCGCACAGCGGAGGCAACACGACCGGAGGCCUGCUACCAACAUUUGAAGGGGAGGUCUACACCACGUUUGAUGCGUUGAUCUUGUUCGAGGCCUGUCUCUCAGGUAAAUUUAACCACUGUCCCCGUCGGCCUCACGACCGGGAGCGCCCCCAGCUUAUCAAGAGCGGGCACAUCUUUGUCUAUGAAGAAGAGUCCUCCGGGAUCAAGCGCUGGACUGACGGAGUGAACUGGAGCCCCAGUCGCAUCUUGAACAACUUCUUGGUGUAUCGCGAGAUUAUUCCCAGCAACAACCCUGGCGAGAAGAAGCGUGCUCUCAAGAACAAGAGCGAGAACGGCAGCAACAGACGCUCGCAGAGCGGCGGCAUCAUCAUCGGCUCCCUAACUGAUAGCUACGACUUCAAGGAACCAGAUGGCCUGGUCAAGAAGACCAUCAGCAUUAAGUACAACAACAUUAACCACCAUCUGGUCUCUUACUACACAAUCGAGGAUGCCCUGUCCGGCAAAUUGAGGCGCCCCAGCACAAGUCAGGAGUUCUGCGGACUCCGGAUCCGCGCCGAACUGCUCUUCCAGCAACAAUUUCGUUCCACCAUCAGC